GGUCGGAGGACAGGCGGCGGUGUGUCACUGCGGGGCUGCAUGCUAGAGGGGAACCAGCCGGAGCAUCGUGUCUGAUCCCCCGCUACUCUAACACCGUGCCUCCCGUGUGGUUAAAAACGCAUUGAAGUGUCACUGGUUUAGUGUAAUCUGCGCCCGGUUAAAUGUUUCACCGCCACCACACCGCUCACACCGACGACGAUGGACUGAGAUCUGCGGCGGGGGCGAGCGACACACAACCUGCCGCGAUUUUCCUGCAUGUAAAAUAAAUGAUAGAGGAUACGAUGACCCUGCUGUCUCUGUUAGGUCGGAUCAUGCGUUAUUUUCUGCUCAGACCGGAGACCCUGUUCCUGCUGUGCAUCAGCCUGGCUCUGUGGAGUUACUUCUUCCACACGGACGAAGUGAAGACCAUCGUCAAGUCCAGUCGGGAUGCGGUCAAGAUGGUCAAGGGGAAAGUGGCGGAGAUGAUGCAGAACGAGAGGUUCGGAGGGCUGGACGUCCUGGACGCGGAGUUCGCCAAGACCUGGGAGUUCAAGAGCCACAACGUGGCCGUGUACUCCAUCCAGGGCCGGAGAGACCACAUGGAGGACAGAUUCGAGGUGCUCACCGACAUCGUCAACAAGACUCACCCGUCUAUAUUUGGGAUUUUUGAUGGCCACGGAGGAGAGGCUGCUGCUGACUUUGCCAAGGCCCACCUGGCUGAGGCGCUCCGCCAGCAGCUACUGACCUACGAACGGGAGAGAGAGCGAGACAGAGAAAAAGACAAGGAGAAAGUCGAAAAAAAGGAGAGAGGCGGCCUGUCCUAUCCUUCUAUCCUGGAGCAGCAGAUCCUGACUUUGGACAGAGAAAUGCUGGAAAAGCUCUCUGCCACUUACAAUGAAGCAGGCACUACGUGUCUGGUGGCCCUGCUGUCUGAUAAGGAGUUGACGGUGGCAAACGUCGGAGACUCGCGUGGAGUUCUUUGUGAUAAAGACGGCAACGCCAUUCCUCUUUCGCAUGACCACAAACCUUACCAGCUCAAGGAACGCAAGAGGAUCAAGAAAGCUGGUGGGUUCAUCAGCUUCAACGGCUCGUGGCGUGUCCAGGGCAUCUUGGCUAUGUCCCGUUCUCUGGGCGACUACCCCCUGAAGAACCUCAACGUGGUCAUUCCUGAUCCUGACAUCAUGUCGUUUGACCUGAACAAGCUGCAGCCAGAGUUCAUGAUCCUGGCGUCGGACGGCCUGUGGGACACCUUCAGCAACGAGGAAGCGGUUCGCUUCAUCAGGGAACGACUAGGCGAGCCUCAUUUUGGCGCUAAGAGCAUAGUCCUCCAGUCGUUCUAUCGUGGUUGCCCUGACAACAUCACUGUCAUGGUGGUCAAGUUUAAAGGCAAGGCCGGCGAACAGUAGACCACCCUUCUACCACACACAGUAUCUAUAUUAUGUUUGAAUAUAAGUACCAAUAAAGUAGGCUUGAUGAAAGAUUUAAAAACUGAGGUCCCCACUUCAUGAGCGACAACUAUUUCUAUCACUUCUACAUACGUUUAACCUUCAGUGCAUAAAACCACCCACCUUAACUUUUACUGCUGAAAAAGUGACACUUUUAGGAAAACAUCUUUCUUUAAUGGUUUAAGACACCGUAAUAGUAGUACAAGUGGGGACAGGAUCACAGUAUUGCAAAUUAACAGAUUUAGCUUUGUGAAGCUGUUGGUAUGUCUGAGUCAUGUGUGUGCGUGGGUGUGGGUGUGUGCGUGUGUGUAGCUGAGAGGAGAAACAGUGAUAGAUGUCACGUUACCAACCAAUUCAUUAUCAAGACAAUAAUUUACAGUGUACAAGCUAGCAUGGAGUUUCACUUCCACAUUAUUUCAAAGGUGAUGCCUUUAACUCAAUGUCUAUUUGACCAUUCUAUUUUUUUUUUCUGACCGUGUUUCCACAUCAUUUAUUUGUGAAUUGACAUUUAUUGAGUGACUGCACUGAAAUGGUUAUUUUUUCCUGGAUCAGAUACACAUCUUGGUGCAAAUAUGAAAUUAUUCCCUUUAUACAUAAACAACACAAAUGGUAUUAUGCAUAUGCUUGUUCAAAUAUCACCAUUCAUAUUGUACAGCAAUAUAACCAAUUACAAUGGUCAUAUCACACUUGCUGCACAUUGAAACUCCUGAUGUAUGGAUGAAUUAAGUGUUUUGUCUGGAGUUGCCCAAUUUUACAAGUUUAGAUCUCGAAUGUCUUGGCUUAUUUUAAAUGAUUGCUGUUAGUUUCUGUGCAGAUAGUCUUUUUCUGUUUUUAUUGUUGAUAAAGUUAAAGAUUUUUCAAGCUGAGGCUCUUUUUUGAUCUGGAACCUUAUCAGAAUCCAUUCAACUACUGAUGAUAACUGUUGGAUAAUGCAACAUAGCUUACAACUUUUUUAAAGCAAUACCUUGUGGUGAUAUUGUUGUAACAUCUCAUUGUGACUUUUAACUGCUUAUUAUAAUAUCACUAAGUUUGUCACAUGCCAUCUGAUAAUAUAAUAACUGACUGUUAAUUUAAACUCGUAAGAAAAAAGUUAUAAUUGAGUUAUCAAAUAUGAUAAUUUGCAGUUAUACUUUUAUUAUUAUUUAGGAAUUAAGAUUACCAUGUAAGAUUCACAAACCUUUUAAUAGGCUUAUUUUUAACACAUUGACUUGCUCUUCCUUUUUCAGACUUUUCUUACAUUAUCAUUGACAACAAUCUGCACAAGAUAUAAAUGUACUGAAAUUGACAACUAACUGUUACAAUGUCUUCUGUUAAUGCCAUGUCAUCUCCGUCCUGAAACAUAUCACAUUUCCCUGAUCUGUAACUCAAAAUGUAACGACGAAUGAAACACAUUAUUUUGCCUUAUUUUCUUAACUAUUAAUUACCUGUAAUGAAGUCUGCUGCAAAAACUACUUGUCGGUUUUUCAUGUAAUGCAGUCGAUCAUGCCAUGCACUCUGCACGACCUCGGUGUCAGACCUUGUUAACUCGCAUAUAGAAUAGCAUUGUUGAAAGAAAUGUCUCCAAGAGACAUGAAAUUGUAAGAUGAAUGUACAUACUGUCCUCAUGUUAUUAUGACCCAUCCCCUGUUUACACAGCAAUGAAGAAAGUAAUGCGCCUGUUCCUGGAUUGUUUAACUUCAGAGAUAUAUAUCAGAUAAAAACUGUUUGUUUGUGCUUUUUCAGUUCACACAUUCUCCCUUGAUAAUGUAUCUUGCAGAGUGUUUAUGUGGCAUUUGUACUUGGUUUUGUUGAUUUUAAUAAACUUUAAAAAAUAAAAAAAUGAUUCAGAAAUUUAAAAAUGUAAAUCAAAAAGGUAACAUUAAAAUGA